AUGGCACCAAAAGGAACCGGCGUCCUCGAACUGUCGGCAGCGAACUUCCACGAGGCCGUGGCAGGCGAAGAAGCGGUUUUGGUCUACUUUAGCUGUGCUGGACCGAUCGGCCUUGGCUUCGAGGAGCAGUUCGCGGAGCUCGCGGUCUCGGAGGAGGUGGAGCCCCGGCUCCUCCGUUUGCGGCACACAGAGCCCGAGAUAGCUGCAGAGGCAGGCGUCGACCCCUCGCUGGGUGGCAGCCUGGUACUGUACAAGCAGGGCCGGCAGCUGGGGAAGGUCUCCCUGAAGGACAUGAACGAGAGCGAGGAGCAGGAAAUGGAGGUGGCCAAAUGGCUGGGCGGGAAAUACCCCGACUCGACGCCAGCGCCUGCCGCACCUAGACCGCCAAUUGGUGCGGCGUUGUCUGGGCCGCCCCCCGGGCCAAAGGCAGCCGCAGUGUUGGGGCAGACUCCGGGUGCUCCUUGCGGAGCGCCUCCUGCUGGACCGCCCCCAGGACCAAGACCAGGCGUGCCAGCGAUGGGCCAACCCAACGGCACUAUGACAGUUGGUGCAGCGUUGUCUGGACCGCCCCCCGCACCAAAGGCAGCCGCAGCCGCAGUGCCGGGACAGACUCCGGGUGCUCCUUGCGGAGCGCCUCCUGCUGGACCGCCCCCAGGACAAAGACCAGGCGUGCCAGCCAUGGGCUCGCCCAACGGCACUAUGACAGUUGGUGCGGCGUUGUCUGGACCGCCCCCCGCACCAAAGGCAGCCGCAGCCGCAGUGCCGGGACAGACUCCGGGUGCUCCUUGCGGAGCGCCUCCUGCUGGACCGCCCCCAGGACCAAGACCAGGCGUGCCAGCCAUGGGCUCGCCCAACGGCACUAUGACAGUUGGUGCAGCGUUGUCUGGACCGCCCCCCGCACCAAAGGCAGCCGCAGUGCCGGGACAGACUCCGGGUGCUCCUUGCGGAGCGCCUCCUGCUGGACCGCCCCCAGGACCAAGACCAGCCAUGGGCUCGCCCAACGGCACUAUGACAGUUGGUGCGGCGUUGUCUGGACCGCCCCCCGCACCAAAGGCAGCCGCAGCCGCAGUGCCGGGACAGACUCCGGGUGCUCCUUGCGGAGCGCCUCCUGCUGGACCGCCCCCAGGACAAAGACCAGGCGUGCCAGCCAUGGGCUCGCCCAACGGCACUAUGACAGUUGGUGCAGCGCUUUCGGGACCGCCCCCUGCACCAAAGGCAGCCGCAGUGCCGGGGCAGACUCCGGGUGCUCCUUGCGGAGCGCCUCCUGCUGGACCCCCAGGCCCAGGCUCGUGUGCAGGGCUAUCGGGGCCGCCGCCCGAACCAAAGGCAGUUGCAGUUCUUGGGCAGACUCCGGCCGCUCUGGCUGGGCCGCCUGACGCGCUACAGUUAGAAGCGUCAAGCAUACUUCCUGAGCAGGUCUCAGGCCCUCCAGUGUUGUCCAGCUCGGCCAGCCAGCCUGCGCUACCGAAAUCUGGCGCCCGGUCUCCGCUGUCCCCAAGUUCCUUGGUCACCUCGCCGACGGGCACCAAGUCCACUCCAUCCUUCAACGUGCCAGCCGUGCCAGCCGCGCCGACGCCGCCCCCAGAGCCCCCCCUUCCAGCGCCACAAGCACCGGUGCCGCCCUCGCCGCCCAGCCCGCAGGCUGAGGCGUGGGGCGAGCCGAAAGCCGUCAAGGUCGUGGCCAUCGCCGAGCCGGAGACCGAGGCGCCGCUGCCGCCCGCCUCGCCGGCGCCGGCGCCGGCGCCGGCGCGCAAGGAGCUGACGCCGCAGGAGGGCGUCGCCCAACUCUUCGCCGCGCACCCGGCCGUCAGCCGGGAGAAGAUGAAAGCCUUCCUCCAGCAUUUGCUCAGCAAGCAGGGCGCAGGCAAGCGCCUGGCGCCCGCUCAGCUGGACCGACUGGUGGAUGAGUUCCAGGAGGACUCCAGCGCCAUCAAGACGAGUCAAUUCAUCCAGUGGGUUUGGAGCGGCGCGGGCGGCUGA